AUGGCAUACAACACCACGGAUCCUAAACAUGGGUUUGAUUGCGUAAAAUACAUUGUUCAGCAACAUCCACACAGUGUUGCAGCUUGGAAUUGCUACUACAAGGUUAUCUCAAGAUUGGAAAACCGAGAUACCAGACAUUACAAAUUUGUACGUGCUAUGCAAGGAAAGUUUGUGGAUUGUGUGCCUCCUAUACUCAUUUCUGGGCAUCAAUUUACCAUAUUUAGCCAUCAUCAAGACGCAGCAAGGAAAUAUCUUGAAGCUUAUAAACUACUGCCGGAGAAUCCCUUGGUUAAUCUUUGCGUUGGAACAGCCUUGAUCAACUUAGCAUUGGGUUUCAGACUUCAAAACAAGCAUCAAUGUCUUGUACAAGGUUUAGCAUUCCUCUACAAUAACUUGAGAAUCUGUGAGAACAGCCAGGAAUCCUUGUACAACAUAGCUCGGGCAUUUCAUCAUGUUGGCCUUGUAACUCUAGCGGUUGUUUAUUACGAGAAAGUGAUUGGUAUUCGCGAGAAAGACUAUCCAAUUCCUAAACUUCCCAAUGAGAAUCAAGAUGUCAUGGAAAAUCAUAAACCUGGUUACUGCGACCUUCGCAGAGAGGCAGCUUACAAUUUGCAUUUAAUCUACAAAAAAAGUGGUGCUGUUGAUCUUGCUAGGCAAGUUCUCAAAGAUCAUUGUACGUUAUGA